CGGGGCCUCUUCAGACGCGCUGGCGGGGUGCAGACGUGUGCACGCCCGGCGCCCGGUGCGGCAGGUUCACGGCGAGGGCUUCUCACCGCCGGGGGAUGGGCGCCCAGGCCCGCGGCGAGGCUGGCACCGCUAGCGCGAGGAGCCUUGGGCUGGGCGUGUGAGGGCGCGGGGCCGUGCGCGACGCGUGUGUUCCCUUUCGUGCCAAGUCUCCUGCGGCGCGCGAUGCAGCGAGCGGCGCUGCUGGCCCGGUAUCAAAAAACCAUUCACUGAGGUCAUUCGAGCCAACAUCGGGGAUGCCCAGGCUAUGGGCCAGCAGCCAAUCACCUUCCUCCGACAGGUGAUGGCCCUCUGCACCUACCCAAACCUGCUGGACAGCCCCAGCUUCCCGGAAGACGCUAAGAAACGCGCCCGGCGGAUUCUGCAGGCUUGCGGCGGGAACAGCCUAGGGUCGUACAGUGCCAGCCAGGGUGUCAACUGCAUUCGUGAGGACGUGGCUGCCUACAUCAGCAGGAGAGAUGGCGUGCCUGCGGACCCGGACAACAUCUACCUGACCACUGGAGCUAGCGAUGGCAUCACUACGAUCCUGAAGAUCCUUGUCUCCGGGGGCGGCAAGUCCCGGACAGGAGUGAUGAUCCCCAUCCCGCAGUACCCCCUCUACUCGGCGGUCAUCUCAGAGCUCGACGCCAUCCAGGUGAAUUACUACCUGGACGAGGAGAACUGCUGGGCCCUGAAUGUGAACGAACUCCGGCGGGCCAUGCAGGAGGCCAGAAACCACUGUGACCCCAAGGUGCUCUGCAUCAUCAACCCAGGGAACCCCACAGGCCAGGUACAAAGCAGAAAGUGCAUAGAAGAUGUGAUUCACUUUGCCUGGGAAGAGAAGCUCUUUCUCCUGGCUGAUGAGGUGUACCAGGACAAUGUGUACUCUCCAGACUGCAGAUUCCACUCCUUCAAGAAGGUGCUCUACGAGAUGGGGCCCGAGUAUUCCAGCAACGUGGAGCUUGCUUCCUUCCACUCUACCUCCAAGGGCUACAUGGGCGAGUGUGGCUACCGCGGAGGCUACAUGGAGGUGAUCAACCUGCACCCCGAGAUCAAGGGCCAGCUGGUGAAGCUGCUCUCGGUGCGUCUAUGCCCGCCGGUAUCUGGACAGGCUGCCAUGGACAUCGUGGUGAACCCCCCGGCCCCGGGGGAGGAGUCCUUCGAGCAGUUCCGCAGGGAGAAGGAAUCCGUCCUAGGUAAUCUGGCCACAAAAGCGAAGCUGACAGAAGACCUGUUCAACGAGGUCCCUGGAAUCCACUGCAACCCCUUGCAGGGUGCCAUGUACGCCUUUCCUCGGAUCUUCAUUCCCUCCAAGGCUGUGGAAGCAGCUCAGGCCCACAAAAUGGCUCCGGACAUGUUCUACUGCAUGAAGCUCCUGGAGGAGACUGGCAUCUGCGUGGUUCCUGGUAGUGGCUUUGGGCAGAGGGAAGGCACCUACCACUUCAGAAUGACCAUCCUGCCUCCGGUGGAGAAGCUGAAGACGGUGCUCCGGAAGGUGAAGGACUUCCACAUCAAGUUCCUCGAGCAGUACGCCUGAGCACGGCCCCCGGCUCCUCCUGACCGCACCGGCCUCCCCCACGGACUCUGCCUCGGGCCUCCCCAGGUUGCCGGUCACGCGCGUGUCAUUCUGCACAGGAGACUCCUUCCUUUGUGCCUUGAUGUUGGGAGCAAAUGUGAAUCCACAGUGUCUCUCAGCCCCUGGUUUUGCAAUGCAGCCACUGGAGAGGGAUUGCUCCGCAGACGCGGCCACAGUUCUCUGAAUCAUGCGUUGUUGCUGCUUUUGAAAAGCUCCCUUCGGGCUUUAAACAACCAGGCCGUGUUGGAUGAGGUGUUUCAGACCUGGAGCAACAAGCAGGUGUUGGGAAAUGUACGAUUUCAACGCAGUGAGGACUGGAAACAGAAUUUCCCGACAGUCUAUGAAAUAAAACCCUUAGUGGUGUGAAGCUCUAGUCCUUUGAACGGUAGGGCCUGGAGUCCAGUAGGGCCUCGGGGGAGGGUCUAUCAUUGUGGCCUGCAGAGGGGCAGCCCAGCUCAGACAGGAAGGACGAGGCGCCCAGGUAGGGCAGGAUGCUGGGCCCGGUUCUGGUGGCACUGGGGGCGCAGCCAAGCUCAGAGGUCCCACAGAGGAGUGAGUGAGCCAGGCUGCGGAUCAAACCCAGUCUCCAUUUCUGAGCAGCGUGGCGGAUCCUGAGCGCUCCACACACCGACGGCUCCAGGAAGGACGGCUCUCCUGUCCAUGCUUAGCCAGAGCCCUGGUGUGAGAGAGCCCCUUGGACCUCAGGGACCCGGGUGAUAGCCCAGCUGUGUCCAGCUACGUGGGGGCCUAUGGCUCAUGCCCCUGGUGACCCAGGGGCAGUUUUCUCUCGAGGGUUUGUCUGAGCCAUUACACACACUGCUGCCCUGCUGGGGGCCCCUGGACUAGGCCAGGCUGAAACACCCCUCAGCCACAGGGGCUCCUUACGGAGUUGACCAACCAACAGCCCCACUGCUGUAGUUUUUUGAAAUGUUUCAAACUGCUCCAUUUCCUAACUGGUGAUUAGCCGGAGGUCCUGGUAGACAGGCACCAGUGCAGGGAGAAUGCAGUCAGACUCAAAGUUUACCGAGGUGUUGCGAUUUCAUGCAAAGCGUUUGCCUUCACCUUCGCUCCUUCCUCCCCUCCGAGCUCUGCACGCAUGCGCGGCAGCCACUGGCCUCUCCAGCCAGGAGAGCAGCGCCCCUACAUUCGCAAAGCGCCCCCUGGCCACACUCGCGCAAGCAGUGCUGCGGGCAGCCGCAGGCGCGGUGCGUCUCGUCCCCUUCAGCAGCAGCCCGGCUUCACAUCCGCCUUCACUAUUGGGGAGUUGUGAGCAGCUCAGGAGUCUGCGGACCCGGGUUCCCAAAGGACCUGCAGGAGCCGGAGAGAGCAGUCGGGGGAGACUAAGCCGGGAGGUCGGGAGGCAGCUUCCUGUGCCGAUUUCCACACAGGGAAACGCAUGCACCCUCAAGCUUCCUUGCUAGCCCUGCCGUCCUCGGGAGGAAAGGAGCCAUAAUCUCAGAUAGCAAAAGGGGUGGUUCGGGGCUUUUCCUUCCACACGAAGGUGGAAAAGAGGCGCUUGUGCUUACUGUACGGUGUACAAACCAGGACGAGUCCCAGAGUCGUAAGGUUUCCGGUGGGAAGGUUAAAUAGUACAAGCUGUUCUAUUUUUUAUAUUUUUGUAACAAUUGCUUUUUCAUGAGGGAGGGGGGUUAGUAUUUAUAGUCUUAACAAGUCCCGUAAUUUUUGUAAGCCUCUUCAGAUGAUAAACCCUAAGAACACUGCAAUGUUUACAUGAUUUUUUAAGAGAUGCCAUAUACACUUGGUUUGCUUUUCAAAUAAACUACUAAUAAGGUCAGCUGGUGUGGGCGUUCACCUAAGGUCGGAAUGGCAGUCAUGACAGAUUCGAUUUUCUGCAGAUUCUGUUCGAUGCCUUUCCUCUUCCAUCAGUACCCCAGAAAGCCGGCUUUGGGGUCUUCCCCUUGAGGCCACACCUGUGUGCUGCGCUUCUCCGCCUGUGGGGUGCGGGGCGCCCCUCACGCACCUGCAGGGCGCGCUGCUGUUGUCCAGCCUCGAUCUUCACGGGCAUCUCCUUACAGAGGGACUGGAUGAGGGGGCUCUGCUGGAAAUUUCUAAACAAUAAAGUCCAUGUCCCAAAUGA